AUGCUCAUUCGAUUAAGGCCGAAAGCGUUAUUGACAAUUCGUUUGUUUGGCGGUCGUCUUAUCGCUGUCGUGAUUUUCUCAGCUAUACUCUACAUGCUUGUGAUUGCAUAUGGAAAUAAGUCUACGUAUUUGUUUCGAAAGCACGAAACUUAUGCAAGAAGCGUAACUAUUAUUAUCGUUACACCAACACAUAAACGCAGCGGACGUAUAGGCGAUAUGUUAAGGCGACAUCACGGCUUUGUUUAAAUCGUUGAAACAUGUGAUCUAUCCAAAACACCUCUGCAGUUUCAACUGAGCCG